CCGGGCCUGUGUGGGGCUGGUUCGGGGCCGUGGGCCCCACAGAACCCCCUCCCGCCAUGGGGCUGCUGUCGGACCCCCACUGCCGCCGGGUGCUCGCCCGCCUCAUCGUGCGCCUCAACACCCCGCUCUGCGUGCUGAGCUACGUGCUGGGGCUGGGCUGGUUCCUGGCGCUGGCCUUCCCCCCCCUGGCCCCCCGCACCUACAUGUCGGAGAACGCGAUGGGCUCCACCAUGGUGGAGGAGCAGUUCAGCCUCGGGGAGCGCGCCCUCGCCCUCGCCCGCGACUUCGCCGCGCACAAGAAGAAAGCGGGCGGGAUGCCCACGGCGUGGCUGGAGAAGACCAUGUGGAGCCUGGGCCUGGAGGUCCAUCAGCAGCAGUUCUCCCACACGCUGCCCUUCCCUGACGAGAGCCGGGAGCGCUACCUGGUGCGGGGCACCAACGUCUAUGGGAUCCUGCGCGCGCCGCGCGCCGCCAGCACCGAGGCGCUGGUGCUGAGCACGGGCUGUGCCCCGGGGCCGCACAACAACCAGGCCGUGGGGCUGCUCCUGGCGCUCGCCUCCUACUUCCGGGGGCAGAUCUACUGGGCGAAGGACAUCAUCUUCCUCGUCAACGAGCACGACCUGCUGGGCAUGGAGGCCUGGCUGGAGGCCUACCACGACGUGAACAUCACCGCCGUGCGCUCCUCGGGGCCGUUGGGCCGCGCCGGCGCCAUCCAAGCGGCCAUUUCCCUGGAGCUGAGCAGUGACGUGGUGACCAGCUUCGACGUGGCCGUGGAGGGGCUCAACGGGCAACUGCCCAACCUCGACCUCCUCAACCUCUUCAAUGCUUUCUGCCAGAAGAACGGGCUCCUCUGCACCAUCCAGGGCAAGCUGCAGCGCUCGGACUGGGACUCGCUGCCCGCCUACGCGCGGAGCCUGCAGACGCUGCUGCUGAUGGUGCUGGCGCAGGCGUCGGGCCGGCCCCGCGGCGAGCACGGGCUCUUCCUGCGCUACCGCAUCGAGGCCGUCACCCUGCGCGGCAUCAACAGCUUCCGCCAGUACAAGUACGACAUGAGCACCGUGGGCAAGACGCUGGAGGGGAUGUUCCGGAAGCUCAACAACCUGCUGGAGCGCCUGCACCAGUCCUACUUCUUCUACCUCCUGCCCUCGCUCUCGCGCUUCGUGUCCAUCGGUGUGUACAUGCCGGCCUUCGGCUUCCUCAUCCUCGUCCUCAUCCUCAGGGCUCUGGACCUCUGGAUGAAGCUGAACAAGACGGACCCGGGCGGCAGUGACCAGCUCAGCGACAGCGACCACGGCCCCAGCACCACGGAGGUGGGUGAGACCCCCCCCGCCCCCCCUGGCGCCCCGUCGCGGCUGCUGCUGACGCUGUGCCCGCAGGCGCCGCGGCUGCUGGCGCUGGUGCCGCCGGUGCUGGUGUGCCACGCCGCGGGGCUGGCGCUCUACUACCUGCCCGUGCUGGGCCAGAGCGUGGCCACACAGCACUUCCCCGUGUCCGAGGCCGAGGCCGUGGUGCUCACCCUCAUCGCCAUCUACGUGGCGGGCAUGGCCCUGCCCCACAGCACCCACAGGGUGCUGGGGGGCCCCGGCUCCGUGGCGGCAGCCCGGGGCUGGAUGGUGCUGAAGCUCCUGGCGCUGCUGUACCUGGCGGCACAACUCACCGCGCUGGCGCUGCUCAACUUCUCCCUCGGCUUCCUCCUGGCUGUGACCAUGGUCCCUGCUGCUGCCGCCACAGCACCCACCGGGCCCCGGGUGCUGCUGGCGCUGGUGCUGGUUUUGGCCACCCCGGCCGUGACGCUGCUCUUGGGCAUCUUCCUGGAGCGGGAGCUGGUGGAGGCGCCGGCGGCGCCGGGCGAGGGCUGGCAGCGCUUCCUGGGGGCGCUGGGGCAGGGGCUGCUGCUGCACCACCUGCACGGGGCCUUCCUCUGCCCCCUGCUCGCCCUCGGCACCUACCCCUGCUGGCUGCUGCUCUGGAACGUGCUCUUCUGGGACUGAGCCACAGCUCAGGAACGGGCUCUGCUGGGGGUGACCCACGGAGGGACCCACAGCUCAGGAACGUGCUGUGCUGGGGAUGACCCACGGAGGGACCCACAGCUCAGGAACGUGCUGUGCUGGGGGUGGCAUGAGCAGACCCACAGAUGGGCUGCGAGUGGACUUAGAGCUCUGGGACGUGCUCUUCUGGAAGUGAUGCCAAUGGACCCAUGGAUGGACCCACAGGUCUGGGACGUGCUCUUCUGGGAGUGACACCAACGCACCCAUGGACAGACCCACAGAUGAACCUACAUCCAGACCCAUGGAGGGACUCAGGGUCAGCCCCAGAGCCAGACACUGUGGCCAUGGGGCAGGGGACAGGGACACCGGCCCCAGCCGAGCCCCCAGGGUGGCAGCAAUGGGGGGACGCCAGUGAGGACCCCCCAUAAGUCUGCAGCCCUCAGGGUGCAUUUGAGGGGUGUCUGUGUCCUGGGGGAGCCCGGUCCCUAUUGGAGGUGGGUCCCUGCGGCCCCAGGGGGAAGUCCCCUUGUCCUGAGGGGGGGACCCUGUCCCGGGGUCUGUGUCUUGGGGUGUCCCUAUACUGGGGGUUCCUGUCUUGGGGGGUGUCUUUGUACUGGGGUCUCUCUAUACUGGGAGGGUCUCUCUGUCCUGGGGGCUCUCACUGUACCGGGGGGGUUCUAUACCAGAGGGUGUCUCUGUACCAGGGCUGGGUCUGACGGUACUGGGGGCUCCCCUCUAUACCGGGGGGUCUCUAUAGCGGGGUCUGGUCUGUACUGGGGGGGUCUCUCUGUACUGGGGUGGGGGUCACUGUCGCGGGGUCUCCCUGUAUCGUGGUGUCUCUAUCGCGAUACAAUAAAGCCAGGGCCGGGA